GAUAUAUUAGAGGGAGGUUUGCAUUUUUUUGGGGGUGACUUAAUGGUGGCUUUGAAUUGACUCUGUUGAAAAAUUUUCUUUGUAUAUUAAUGGGCAGCAUUAUCUUGCUUUGUAUAUUAUUGUUGGCAUGGUGCAAGGGAUUCACCUGGAUGUUAAUAGGAAAAACGUGGAAUCAUUGAAUUAAGAAUAGCAUGUGAUGGAGCUUCCUACUAUUGGAGAAUGUUAAAUGAUUGACAUGUACUGGAUAUAAUUUGCUCGAGUAUGGCAUACAUGACAGACAAUAUAAUUCAGAAAGAAAACCGGAAAAAAGUUAUUUAGUGUAUUUAUUGGGUCAUGCUAAUGACAGACCUGCAGGCUGUCAUUAUGGUGGAGAUAAUUUCGAAAUAGUUAGAACCCCAAUACACUUUAAACAUGUUUCCAACCACUUUUAUAUGUUUUUAUACAUUUUUGUGCAUUUUUAUAUACUUUUUACUUGUAUGGGGGGUCAUUAGCGUUCACCAUAUUCUUCUUUUAGCAUUCAAAUAUUGUCUUAGAUCUGUACAUUAUGCGCUAUGCACCGUAGUGGUAAUAUUUAAAAACUUUCAAAAUAAAAGCUGUAUAUGCUAUUGGAUUUAGAUUGUUUUGCACGCUGAUUUUUAUUUUACUAAGUGGAGUACCAAUCCCUAUUUCUGGAAAGAUGAUGUUCAUUUUCUGUCCAUAAAGUGAAGAUUUUUGCUGCUCUAUGGUAUUUGUAGUCGUGGUUAACUACUUUUAAACCUAAUAUUGUGUUAUUUUGGUGUCUAAUGGUAUCUGUGCUAUGCAUUGGACGGAAAACGUUGAAUUGAUCUCUAGAACAAAUUUUCCUGGUGAUGCAAUGUGCAUGUGCAACUCUUGCAGUUUUGUGGUCUUGUUAUUUUGUUAUUGUCUAUUGAUUUAUCAGUCAUGUAUAAGCCCAUUUUCGUUUAGUGCAAUUCUGUGAAAUGUUUAGUCUUUGAAAUUUACUUAUUCGAAUGAUAUGAAUGACAAUGGAUGAAAAGUCUGCUAUUGUUUUGGUAUAUAUUUUGAACUAGGUAUGCAAAAUCAACAUGCACUUUGUUUGUUUCAUCUUGUGCAAUAUCGAAGUAUGUAUAUUCAGUAUUCAUGUCAGAUAUUUUGGAUCUAACAAAAGUUUUCUUUUUGUAGUUUAAGUAGGAAAAAAGAAGGAAAACAAAUUAUAAAAAACAGAAGGAAAAACAACAGUUCAGGAGCAUUCAAAUAUGUCAGCACUCUUCAAUUUCAAUUCAUUUCUUACAGUAGUGCUGUUAGGGAUUUGUUCCUGCACUUAUUUGAAGAUGCAAUUUCCAGCACUUCUUGAGCAGAAAACUGGGUUCCGAGGUUUCUUUUGGAAGGCAGCUAGAAUAGGUGAGCGAUUGAGCCCUUGGGUGGCCGUGGGAUGCUUCACCAUGGGUGUGUCAGUGAUCUUUUUCUAGUAAACAGGCAUGUUCAUGAACUUAAAGUAAGCUUCAAGAGCUUCUAGUUACUCCCUUAGAAGUUGAUGUCCUCAAAUGGCCCGUGUGAUGAAACACUGUUUACAUAAAUUCUAUUUGGGUACAAUACCUGUAGUCUUAAGCAAAUUAGUUAUCUUGGCAACAUUUGUAGAAGUGAAGUCACUUGUACUUUGAGAACAACUUUUGUUUGGUUAUGAUUAUAAAUGAAGAUGUUUUUCCAACAGCAUUAUCUCGGGCUUUGAAACUUGAUAUCAUGUAAUGCCUUGUGUUAGAUUAUUUAAGAUCUCAUUUUGGAAGCAACACUUGCAGUUGUAAAUAAAUUUGAUCUGUUGACACUUUGUGUCA